AUGCCGUGUAUAUUUAUUGUUACCCAUGGACCACGCUCAAUAGAAUUUAAACUUAAAAUCAGUGUAUCGGAUUUUCGUCGAGAAAAUCCAAAAUUAUUAGUGAAUUGUCGAAGUGAACUGCGUAAACAAAUUUCUGGAUUAUGCUUCGGUGCUUCAAAAGAUAGUCAUAAUACAGUAGCUGCAAAGAAUGUCGGAAAACCGGAAAAAAUAUUUAUUACACACAAUACUGAAUGA